CGAUUGGGUUUCUGGCGCGGGGAUGUGCAUUCCGGAAACAGCAGUAGGAGAAGGAGAAUGAGGAGGAGGAGGAGAAAAGAGGGAACAGUGGUGUGUGCACCACCGGUGGUCGGCGAUUGCACCGGCGCAGCGGGCGCACCGCGAGUCCAGAGGGGGUGGGAUCUGCCGCAUAGUGCGGCAUAUAGUAGGCGAGGGAAACUCGGUGACUCGGUCGACGGGUAUCGGCGCGUCAGUUGCUAUGCGUCCGGGUGCGAUCGCGAACGCGGCGCGCGAUCAGCAGCGAGCCCGUGCCUGGUAGUCGCUCUCCUCAUCCUCGGACGCGACGACGUAUAUCAUUCACUGCCUCUCCUUCCUGGCCGACGACGACGACGGCGACGACGACAACGUGCUCGCCUUCCAUGCGACAAUCGCGGAAUUAGAGUCGAGAGAAAGCACGCACAUGGUCCGGCAAUCGCGACCAUGAUCGCGAACCGUGCCGCGCUGAUCACCGGCCUCGUCCUCGUUGUCCUGGCGGCCACUUUCGAUCGCGGUGAGGCGAUAAUAUGUUACCAAUGCAACAGCGAGUACGACCCGCGCUGUGGCGACCCAUUCGACCCGUACACUCUUGGAACUGUCAACUGCAGCUUUCAACCUCGCCUGGAGCACCUCAGCCAGCUGGAGCCGACUCUUUGCCGGAAAAUCAGUCAAAGAGUAUACGGCAAGGUGAGGGUCGUCCGGAGCUGCGGAUACAUCACAGACGUCAUGGACAACGGCGCGUGCCUUUUGAGGACUGGCACCCACGACGUACGCGCUACGUACUGCUCGUGCACCGGUGAUCUGUGCAAUUCCGCACUCGAGAGCCGCACGCCGUCCUUAUUACUGCCACUGGCAUCCCUCCUGACUGCCGUUCUGGCGACACCGAGUCUGCUCCUGUCGUGCCCGAUCGCGCCGCCUCGUACCUCCACUCUCUCAAUAGCCUAAUUCUGCCUAAUCGAUCAAAUCACACCUGAAUCCGAAUCAGCCAGCCUGUCGUCGUCGUUGCGCCGCACGGACCGUUCGCCUAGAUGUAUGCGUGUGCGCGCGCGCGCGUACGUGUGUGUAUGUGUGUGUGUGUGUCUUACGUAUGUUGGACAUGCGUCCGCAAGCGGUCGAUCGAACGCCGGCCGACCGUCGUCAAUUUCGCCGCUACGGUAUUCCCCAGCUGAGAGACACGCGCGAGGGAACCGCGCGGAAAGGAAGCCCCGAUGAAACGGUCGUUCUACAUCGAGAAGAAAGGAAAAGCUGCUCUCUUUCUUCUCACGGAAAGAGAAGGAACACUUUCGGCCUAUCCUUCACUACAGAUUCCCGGCCUAAUCGAAUUCGCGUCGUUGAACGAUGAUAAACGCGCUCUUUUCCGUCAACGAAAACUUCACCCGUCACAUUUCUGUCCCGUACAUCCGAGUCGUACAACGAAUCCGACAUGACUUCUCUCGUACUUCUCCGAAGUUACCUCGGCCUCGGUGCGUCCCGAGAAGCGCCGUUUCUUCGCGCGCUCACAUUCGCUUGAAAGAUCGUGCGGCUGCUGCUGUGAAUCCUUCUAUUUCUUUCCUUUUCUCAUGAUUUAUUCAUUUCUUCCAUAAUUUGUCUCUUACUUUUCUUCUUUUCUUCUUCUUCUACUUUUUCUUCUGAUCCUUCUUUUCCUUCUUCUUCUUCCUACACGUUAACGUGAUUUUCGCGUGUCCGCAGUAUCGGAAGUCCGAUUUCGCGGAAAUCGCGCAGCUGUCACGCGUUUAUUGUGUGCAUUGAGAUCCUAUUUGAGGAGCACUGCAAGCUCUUUAGGAAGAUCUUCAGAUUCCGUAGCCAACUAGCGAGAUGGAUUUCCCGUCUCGGCAGCUCGACAGCGAACGGUCCGCGAAAUAGCCGACGAUUAUUAUAACGUAGUGUAACGGUGAUAACUGCCAGAUGCGCGAGGACGAUACUUCAAUAGUAGUACAUAUCUUCGCGAACGAAGAAGGGAAAUAAAACGGCAACACAUACACACACGGCCUCCGCAUAAGAAAAAAAAAAAGAAGUCGAUCAUCUCUCCCGCGUGCUGACGUUGCGCUUGUCGCGCGAUAAGCGCGAUCGGUUGACGCGCUGAUCAGGUAUCGGACGCAGUAUUUCUCGAAAUAUUUUUCGCAGAGGUGAAUCGGCAGGAUUCGACCGGGACAAAUGAUUCCGGUGAGACUUACGUUGAAAUUCCUUCUAAUCUUCAGAAGCACAAAUUCUUCGGAUCUUCUGAAAUUUAUACUGUACUUGUUAGAUGUACACGUUUCUUCAUUCUCGCACGUUACCGCUCUCGGUGUCGCGGUUCGUUGCCUCGUUUAAUGAGAAACUAAGCGAAUUCGCGACUGAUCCUUUAUUUACGAACUCUACGUACGAUUUAAGUGCUCGUGCUUCUUUGUUCAUACAGUAUAUUCCCGAUCGAUUCCUAUCGAUUCGCCUAUUUUUGUACAGGGACGACCGGCCGCCGACUCGUGCCUCGCGACAAGCGUAAUGCGACGGAUCACCAAAAAGCGUAGAAGUAAACAAGCGGCAGAUAUCUUACGAGAAUUAACGAUUAGUGAAUACCAAAAAGAGUCACAAAGAUAAAAAUAACGUAAAUGUAAAGUAGCGGCAUCGCGCGACACAUUUCGCACCCCGCCUACUACCGCAGAACGUCUGUGUCUGUGCGCGUUUACGUCUGUAUGUAUGUGUAUGCACGCGUAUAUUUGUGUGAAUAUGUGUGUGUAUGUGCGCAUAAUUUUACGAUGUACGUAUACGCACGCGAAAUAUAAACGGAGAACAAUGAA